AUGUCAACAUUCCCACCAUCUUCGCUCCGUCCUCUCCUUGAGGAAAUCAGCUCUCUUCUUAAGGAAAGGAAGGAGACUAUCUCCGUAGCUGAGACGGCCGCAGGAGGAAUCAUAUCAGCCUCUCUCCUCUCCAUCCCAGGCGCAUCAGCAUACUUCAAAGGUGGAUUAACACUAUACACCCUCGAAUCGCGCAUUGCCUUUGCCGACUGGACACCAGAACUCAUAACAAAUUACAAAGGACCGACAACCGGUAUUGUGGCCGGGUUAGCAGAGUCAACUCGCUCAAAGCUUCAGUCUACGUAUACCAUUUCCGAGAGUGGGACGGCGGGACCGGGUGGUGGGAAGGGGAGUCGGAAGCCAGGCGUCGUGUUCGUUGCCGUGGCAGCUCCGAGUGGAUCGUACACUAGGGAAGUUGAUACGGGAUAUGGCGAGGAUAGAGAGAAGAAUAUGGUUGGAUUCGCGGAGGAAGGGUUGAAGUUACUCCGAGACGUGAUUAAGGGGGAUGCUAAGCUAUAG